AAAAAACAAAACAAAAGGUCAAACACCCAUUUGGUCAUCACCUUCUGUAACUGGGAAUAUAAAAUUCCAUUACCAAACUAUAAGAAAAAACCCAAAUUUGAAUAAAAUAACUCAUAAAACAUAUAAUAUAAAUAUAUAUUAUUUUUCCCUUUUUCCUUCUGGUUCUGUGAACUUAAUUUAAUGUGGCCUUGGAGUCCGGAUGUGUGAGAGAGUGAGAGAGAGAGAGAGAGAGAGAGAGAGAGAGAGAGAAAGGGAAGACAACCAAGCCCAAAAGGUAAAGGGAGUGAUAAUGAGAAGAGGGUGUUGCAAUUUCUGACCUGAGCUCCUUUAUUUUUGUUUUUCCUUUUUGCUCUGCUUCAUCUCUCCUGUGAUGAGGUAAACAGGGAAGAGAAAAAGAAGAGAAAAGAAGGAUUUUCGGCUGAUUGUUUUGAAGAUGUUUUAGUAGCUGCUAUUGUUUUGAGAUCUUUUAGCAGUUGUGAUUUAGCAACUUGUUUGUGAUCGGAUUAAGUAAUCUGGGUUUUUGGGGUUGUUGACUUUUGGUCAAUAGCCAUUUGCGCAAAGCUAAGUGGAAUGUGAUUUUUCAGAAGAUUUUCAGGAGUUAUAUAAUUGCACUGCUAUUGGUAUCCACCUGUAAAAUGUCGUUUCGUAGCAUUGUCCGUGACGUAAGGGAUGGUUUCGGGAGUUUAUCUAGACGUGGUUUUGAAGUCAGGCUGACUGGCCAUCACAGAGGGAAGUCUCAGGGAUCCAUAAAUGAUUCGCAUGACCAGCCUCUUGUGGUUCAGAACAGUUGUUGGGCUAGCCUCCCUCCAGAACUUUUGUAUGAUGUAAUCAGGAGACUGGAGGAGAGUGAAAGUACGUGGCCUGCACGAAAGGACGUUGUUGCAUGUGCCUCUGUUUGUCAUUCGUGGAGAAUUAUGUGUAAAGAAAUCGUUAAGGCUCCAGAGAUUAGUGGAAAACUUACAUUCCCAGUGUCAUUGAAACAGCCAGGGCCACGUGACGCAACCAUUCAGUGCUUCAUUAAAAGGGAUAAAUCUAAUUUGACAUACCGCCUCUUUCUAUCUCUUAGCCCGUCUUUGCUUGUUGAAAAUGGAAAGUUCCUUCUUUCUGCAAAGAGAACCAGAAGGACUACCUGUACAGAGUAUGUGAUCUCUAUGGAUGCUGACAAUAUUUCAAGAUCAAGUAGCACUUAUAUUGGAAAGCUCAGAUCAAACUUUCUUGGCACAAAAUUCAUUGUAUAUGAUACACAGCCUACAUAUACUUCUGUGCCUGUUCCUUCUCAAGGGCGAACCAGCCGUAGAUUUUAUUCCAAAAAGGUCUCCCCUAAAGUUCCAAGCGGCAGCUAUAAUAUUGCGCAGAUAGCAUACGAAUUAAAUGUGUUGGGGACACGUGGCCCGAGAAGGAUGCACUGUGCCAUGCAUUCAAUCCCAGCAUCAGCUCUUGAUGCAGGUGGUACUGUCCCUGGUCAACCUGAGCUACUUCCUCGCUCACUAGAGGACUCAUUUCGAAGUAUCUCUUUCUCAAAGUCACUAGAUCACUCCAUUGAGUUCAGCAGUGCAAGGUUUUCAGAAAUUGCUGGGCCUCGAGAUGAUGAUGAGGACGGAAAGGUAAGACCCCUGGUUCUGAAAAACAAGCCACCAAGAUGGCAUGAACAAUUACAGUGCUGGUGUCUGAACUUCCGGGGGCGGGUCACUGUUGCUUCUGUUAAGAACUUCCAGUUAAUUGCUGCCACCCAGCCAGCUGCUGGUGCACCGACACCAUCUCAGCCGGCUCCACCAGAGCAUGACAAGAUAAUUCUGCAGUUUGGCAAGAUUGGUAAAGAUAUGUUCACCAUGGAUUAUCGAUAUCCAUUGUCAGCAUUUCAGGCUUUUGCUAUCUGCUUGAGCAGCUUUGACACCAAAUUGGCUUGUGAAUAGAAAAAAGAACAGAUAAACAGAAACAAAAAGAAGAAGAUAAACUAAGGUGAUGAGCAGCAAAAAAGUAAUGCCGAUUGUGCCUUUUUAUUAACUUUCUUUUUUUUUUUUUUUUUUUUUGUCCUCUUCGAUGGUUACUCAUGUUCUGUUCUUUAAAAUCUGCUGUGAUCUUUUGGGUUAGCGUUGGUAAGAUAGGAAAUUUGUAGUGUUAAUUCUGUUGUAAAAACUCAAUUGUAACUAGAACGCACAGCCCUUGUAAUAGGGCUUAACAGCCUUCGAACUUGAAUCAUCUUUGUUGAGAUUUAUUUCUCUCAAUUCAUGAAUUAUCACUUAUGGUCUAUAACUUCAUGUUGCUAGGCCUUGUUUGAUUGAUGCA